AUGAGCGAAAAGGAGAGCGGUGAAAAAGAUGUCCCGAGCGACACUUCGAGCGACCCGAAAACGGCCAAAUCGGCGGACGUACCGAAACGGGUGAAGGAGCGUCAGAAAUUGUUCAAGAAGAAAAAGUCACGCUCGGCAACCAAGCCAAGGCUGAGCGGCGGAGCGGACGAAGCCGGAGGAUCAGCCGUGGCGUCAUCCGAACAGGUCGUCGUAAAGAUGGAACCCAAGGACGAAGCGGAGGAAGGAGAAGAGGCCUCGAGCUUCAAUCAGCCGGGUAACGGGGCCGCGUCGCCGAUGAGCCGACCAUCGUCCGGGAGCCACUGUUCCAAGCCACCUCUUCCCUCCACCGGGGAUCCGCGAGUCGACGAGAUGCUAGAGCGGGCCCUGCAUAACCUCGAGGAGGCGAGCAAGGCUCUGGCCAGCCUCGGAGAGAACGUCGAGCACGAGCUUAAGUUGUUCCUGGUAGAGCUGAUGCGCCGCACGCGGGGCAGAAUGUGCCAAGUGGAGGGCAAGAUCGACUGGGCGCGCCGCGACAUCCUCGAUCUCCACAAGGAGCUGUCGGCCCGAGUGGCCGCGUUGGAGGAAAGCCGCCGCGAGUCUGCCGAACUCCGCGAACGCCUGGCGACCGCCGAGAAAUCCCUCAGCGACACCAAAAACGGCCCGACGAAGCAAGAGGGGCUCGACGGCAACGCGGGCGAGAUGGCAAAGUCGAUGAGCCCGUCCCAAGCGUGCAGCAUCCAGUCGAAGCAGCGUUUGGCCGGAUCGAAGCAGCCGUCGCGCUGCGAGAGCCGCAUCCUCCAGCCAGACUGCCCCGGCGCACCCGUUGACGCGGCCACGAUGCGAGCCGAGGCCGAGCGGUUGCAGCAGUGCUGCGCCGAGAUGGAGGAGCAGGUGCUGUGCCUGCGCAAGGAAAACGAGAAAAUCGUGAAGGAACGGGCCGAGUACGAGAACGCCAUCCAACGGGCCCUGCUCAAGGGCGUCUCGUCCCUCAACGCCGAGGCGCUCAAGGUCCUCAAGGUCACGCCCGUUGCACCCAACUGCCCCCCCGGCUCGCCCUCGACCACCAUCGAGCCGGUGCCCAAGAUGCAGUGCCCAUCGGCCCCGAGUCCCUGCCCGGCUUACUCGCCACCGAGCGGCUCUUGUCCGCCCUGUCCGCCUUACCCGCCGAUGAACGACAACGGGUGUGGAACGAAGUACGGCUCGAGAAACAACUCGAGGGAGACUCUGCACAACAAUGGGCAAGGUAGGAGGGGCUGCCCCAGCUCCGGGCACUCGGAGCGCAAGUCGAGGAGGUCGUCGCAUCGGGACGCCGGCAGCAUGCUGCUUGUGCUCCACCAGAAGGACGUCGAGAACUUUGGCAUCCCGUCGGGCAACGUGCGCUGCUGCACCGGUACGCCACGGGGAUGAUUGGGCCUGAUUGUUAUUGUAGAAAUUGCAA